AUGAUGCGCGCGGCCACGAUUGCCCUCCUUGCGUUUGCUGCGACUGUGCGCGCUCAAUACGGCGAAACUGCGCCUGCCCCGCAGGGCUAUGCCGCGCCUGCUCCCCAGGGCUAUGCUGCGCCUGCCCCGAAGGGCUAUGCUGCGCCUGCCCCGCAAGGCUACGGCGCACCUCAAGGGUACGGUGACGAGGCCCAGGGUUACGACGGCUACGAGCCGGAAGCGUAUGGCAACCAUGACGACGGCUACGGCGGCUACGAGCCGGAAGCGUACGGCGACCAUGACGAUGGCUACGGCGGCUACGAAACGGAAUCGUACGGCCACCAAGACGACGGCUACGGCGGCUAUGAACCGGAAUCGUACGGCCACCAAGACGACGGCUACGGCGGCUAUGAACCGGAAUCGUACGGCCACAAAGACGACGGCUACGGCGGCUACGAACCGGAAUCGUACGGCAACGAGGACUACGCCCCGGCGCCCAAGGGCUACGCCAAGGCGCCCGCCCCCGAGGGCUACGGCAAAGCUCCCGCGCCCAAGGGUUCCGGCAAAGCCCCCGCGCCCAAGGGUUACGGCAAGGCACCGGCCCCCAAGCCUUAUGGCAAAUACGAGCCGGAGCCGAACGACUACGACAACGGUGAUGGCUACUACAAAAAGACGCGUGCCCCGGUGCCGACCUCGGAGCCGACCCCCAAGCCGACCCCCAAGCCGACGCCAUACCCGACCACGUACGUCGCGCCGCUUACGCCGCCGCCGCCGUUCAUUCCCCCGACGGAGACCAAGUACGGCCCCGCGCCUGCUCCCGCAUGCGCGUCGACGUGGAAGCCGAACUCGGCCAAGUACAUGGCGUAUGUCUGCAGCUCGCUCUAUGCGAGCGCGACCAAGUGGGCCUCGAACAACUGCAAGGCGUACUACACCGUGACGCCUGACUACGACGACAAGAGCUUGUACCAGGCGCAGCUCUGCACGUACUGGAGCCAGCGCAGUGUCUUCCGCGUUGUCACCUCGUGCUUCAUCGAGGCGCACCUUCGCAACGAGUUCAUCCAGAAGUACGGCAAGGCCGGGCCUGGCCAGUGGUUCUGCAAGUACACGGACUUUGUGAACCAGGUCAAGGAGUGCUACAGCUCGUCGCUCGACUGCUACCCGCUCGGCAAGUCGUUCAACUCGCUUGAGGCCCAGGUCGCGGCGCUCAACCCGCCGUCGACGUCCAUGCCGCCGUUCCAGUUCACGGGCGCGUCCAUUGCCAUGUGCGCGUACUACAACAAGGACCAAGUCUACACGACGGCCCAAUAAGCUUGAUACGAUACCAUCAUCAACACAAGGCGCACGGAAGUGAAGGGAAGC